AUGCAUAACUCUACCAUAGUGACUGAAUUCCUACUUACAGGAUUUUCUGAUGUGUGGGAGAUCAGAGUCUUCCACACUAUGCUAUUUCUAUUGAUGUACUUGACUACUCUAAUGGGGAACCUUCUCAUAGUCACAGUAAUCACCACUGAUCAGAGUCUUCAUACCCCAAUGUAUUUCUUUCUCUGGAAUUUAUCUGUCCUGGACAUGUGUUAUAUUUCUGUCACUAUACCCAAGGCAUGUGUCAUCUUGAUGCUUAACAACAGGGUGAUCUCCAAGGUUGGAUGUGCAGCUCAGAUCUUCUUCAUAUUAUUAUGUGCUUCUGCAGAGUUGCUGUUACUUACCGUAAUGGCCCAUGAUCGCUAUGUGGCCAUCUGCCAGCCCCUCCACUAUCACAUGGUCAUGAAUCAUCGUGUCUGUGUUCAGAUGACCCUGGCCUCUGUGCUCAGUGGUCUGCUCUAUGCAGGUGUGCACACUGGUAACACAUUCUCUUUGUCCUUUUGUCAGUCCAAUGUGGUCCAUCAGUUCUUCUGUGACAUCCCCCCUCUCUGGAAGCUAUCUUGCUCUGACAUCUUAAGCAAUAAGAUUGCAAUGAUUUCCUCUGUAAUAAUACUGGGUGGUGGCUGCUUUGCCUUCAUCACCAUGUCUUAUAUUCACAUAUUUUCUACUGUUCUCAAGUUACCAACCAGAGGAGAACGAGGAAAGGCCUUUUCCACCUGCAUCCCUCACAUUAUCAUAGUUACAGUCUUUCUCAUAUCUGGUGCUGCAGUGUAUCUGAAGCCAACCUCCAACUCACUUCCAAUCAAGGACAUGGUCCUUUCUUCAUUCUAUUCCAUAGUUCCUCCUUUCUUGAAUCCUGUUAUCUACAGUCUUAGAAACAAGCAGAUAAAUGAGUCUAUAAAGAGAUUUAUGAGAAGAAUAGAUGUUCUACUAAUGAAAACUAUAAGAUAA